AUGUUACAAAUAAAACUUAUUAGUUUUCUUAUAUUAUUUUUAAUAUUUAAUAUUGUUUCAUCAACAAUUUAUAAUAUUCGAGAUUUUGGUGCUAAAGGAGAUGGAAAUACAGAUGAUACACAAUCAGUAUUAGAAGCUAUUUCAAAAUGUAUGAUUAAUGGUGGUGUUCUUUAUAUUCCAAGUGGAACAUUUGUAAUACGUUCAUCAUUAAUUUUCAAAACAAAUCUUCCAUUUACGAUUAAUGGAGAUGGAAUGAAUUCUAUUUUAUUAUGGGAAUUUAAUGAUCAUUUAAUUAUUAUUUCAUCAGAAAGUAAUAAUGAAAUUUCACAAAUAACAAUACGAGAUUUUGUUAUAACAUCAAGUAUUGUUGAAAAAUCUUUAGAUAAAUUUGGUAUUUAUGCUGAAAAUUUGGUUAAAAGUCAAAUUGAACAUUUAAUAAUAAAUUCAAAUGAUUCAAAAAUUAGUCCAAUAAGUGGAGGAAUAGCUAUGAUUGGAGUAGCAGAUACAAAUACAAUACGUGAUGUUAUUAUGUGGGAAAUCAAAGGUACGGGAAUAAAAAUCGGUUAUGGAUCAGAAAUAAGAAUUUUAGGUGGAAGAAUUAUUGGUGCUAAUCUUCGUUUUGAUCAAAGUAUUGGAAUUCAUUGUACAGGAAAUAAUGGUGGAGUACAUAUUGAAAAUACAGAUAUUAUUGCUUUAGCAAUUGGAAUGUUAAUUGAAAAUCAAAAUGGUACUAGUGGAUCUAAUAGAGAAAUAUUUAUUAGUCAAGCUACACUUGAUUCAAAUGGUCAAGGUUUAGUUAUUCGUGAUAAUAGUUAUGUUUCCAUUAUUGGUAUAUGGGCUGCAUCUAGUACUAUUCAUCAAGUUUUUAUUGAAGAAAAUACAACUGCUGUUUUAUCAAUUAGUGGUGGAACAAUUUUUAAUGGAGGAGUUUAUGAAUGUCCAAAUAAUUCUAAUUGGUGUAAUGGAAUGACAAUUAAAAGUGGAACAUUUAUUCUUAGUGGUGUUGAAAUAAGAAAUAAUAAAGGACGAGGUAUUUGGAUACCAAAUAAAUCUGUUACACAAUUUCAAAUAAUUUCAUGUAGAAUAUUUGCAAAUGGACAAGGUUUAUAUAUUAAUGGAUCAUCAUUUAUUAUAUCAAAUAAUGUUUGUAAUUCAAAUCAAUUACCUAAUUUUAUUUCAGAUACAAAAGAUUCCAUUGUACAAAAUAAUCUUGCUUGUUGA